UGGUCACACUGACAUGGACAUCAAAACACAAGAAUCGGAAUUUGUGGAAAUUCAUCCAAAAAUUAGCUAUUUAAGUGUCCAGGAGCUCAUUGCGCAUCGUCACACUGAAUUCGAACCUACGAGUGGAGGUCUAAAACGAACUAAAAAUGAGGGAACUGCAGCGGAAGUUGAGGAGCUUAAACGAGCGCAGGAGUAUUUGCGUGCUCAAUUGUCAGUGCCUCGGAUAGAAAGACUCGGAGGAAGGGCACUUGCCGUUUGGCACGAGGAGCAACAAGUGGCAGAAGUCAAACGCAAAGAUGGGAAAUUCGAAAAUUUCGGAUACAGCGAGCAGGGAGUACUCUACUUGGAGUACUACGAAGCGAUGUUCCUACUAGAAGUUGGACGCUUACAACUGGAGUACUGUGGUUUAGUAGUUUCAAUUGAGCAAGCUUAUGUGCUCCUUCUGGGCAAGUUGGAAAGCGAAAGGUACACCAACUACCUAGUUUACUCGGCUUUAUCCCGAUCUGGAUAUAUAGUCGUUAAGCAUGCGCCUCCUCAGGAAAUUCCCCAAGAAGUUACGAGUGCAGAUUGUAUUUGGGCACUGCUGAAGGAAAAAGUGGAAAAUCAGCCAGUACCAGAUCAUAUCAAAACCUCUUCCUUUUACCCUAUCGCGGAAAAGCGUAUGCAAGAUGUGAAGGAACUUAUAACAUCUCAAAAGGCAGAUCCUAAUAUUGUUGUAGAUCCCAUUGAUUUGAAAUUCGGAGAAAAAAAACGUAUGGCUGUGGAAAAACCAAUCGAGGAACCUCCCAGUAAAAAAGAAAAGUUCUCCACAACGGGUCGAAGUCUCGUGGAUCAACUAAAAUGCGAAUUUUCAUAUGCCAAAUUUGAAGAGUUCUUUGAAAAAUUCGAUAUGGUGCAACUUAAAAGCCAAGAUAAUACCAAAGACCAAUUAGAUACUCCCUCUGCCUUGAAAAUAAUCUUUGAUCUACAUCUGCACAACAAGGGUUUCAAAAAAAGUGCACCCAAAGCGCCCAACUUUAAUGUAGUUAUACUUCCAACGCAAGCGUUUCCCACCCACGACCAAAUCUCCAAGAUGAAACAUCAAAAUCUUCUCACCGCACCACUGCUCGUCAUAUCCGUAAGCGAAUCCAAACAGAUACAGGCCUUUCUGUACUAUAUUAGUUGAUGAUUGCCCAUACUGCGGAUGUGCCACCUCAAUAAAUUGUACGUGUUAGUAUUUUA